AUGGACCCUUGUGAUAGCCUUCCCGAAAGAGAUGGGUUACUGUCGAGGCGAGCAAUGGUUCGAAAACAGAAGGGGAUACCUGAAAUUCUACAAAAGGUGUGGUUGAUACUAAUAGAGAUAAAAAAGUUGAACAAAGGACCAAAUCAUGAUGUAGUUGCAAGUAAAGGUGAGAAAAUGAUUCGGUUAAUCGAAAAUCGAAUAAAACCGAACUGA